AGAGUUGGGUUCAGUGUAGGACUUAUAUUUUUAAAGACUAUGAAGACCACAUAAGACACCGUUGGAUGAGCAUAACAACGUCCGGCUGAGAUUGUCCGCUGAAUUAAAACUUUUAUUAAAAUAAAAAAAGUAAUGACCGUAUAUCCAAAAGAUACGUAUGUACAGACAACAGUUUUCUAAACCCACUCCACGCGACUACAAUCCCGGAAAGCACUCUCGAGAGAAUAACCGUUACAAACUCAAAAUCAAAUCCUUUACCACGAAGAUCACUUAAGCACGAUUCUUGCAGCACGAGUCGGUGAAAACGUUGUUUAAAGGCCGGUUAUUGCAGCAUCAACACAUUCAAGCUCGCCCAUCAAAAGAGAUGUUCAGAGGAUUGCGUCGUAGUAAUCGGCUUAUUGAAAGCCCUUGGCUUCAUAACAGGCCGAAGAAGGGACCGGUUUAUAUCAAUUUAGAAGAGGGUCAAGAGAUUGUAUUUGUGCAUGACAGUUCUGGGAAGAAGGAGUUGAGUGAUGGCAGAGGUUUAGCAGCGGCUGUGAGUGAUAGCAGAGGUUUAGCAGUGGCUGCAGACAUGAUAAAUGAAUGGAAAUCUGCAGGGGUGGGGAACAAUAAUGACUUCAGUGAUGAAGAUACCGACUUUAGGACUCCGAUGGAGUGUUUUGAUAACAGCAAAAAAAAGGUUAACAGUGAGAAGGAUAGUGCAGCACUUCCAGAAGAAAGUUCAAAGGGAAUAAUGUUGAGGUCAGGGAAGAAAGCACAUCAUCAAAUGAAAAGCAACAAGAGACCAAGGCAGAGCGAGGUUGCUGGACAAACGAAGAUACGUAUAACUGAGACAAAUAAGCUUAAAACCAGAGCAAGUACUGCAAAAAAUGAUGAUCAUGGAGGAAAAAAACAGGAUACAAGGAUCACUGUUGGAGCAAAACGUGGGCGUAGAAAAUUAGCAGCAGAGAAGUCUAGUGCUGUGGCUUUGAAAAAAGAGAAGGUGAAGAAGACGAGAACAUAUGAAAACUACAUACAAAAAAAGUUUUCCCCUGGAAUAAUGAGUGAUGUUCUUGCAAACUUGUCCGAUGAACAGAGAAAAUGGGUGACUACAACCGGAUUUGGAGAUAUUCUGAGUUUUAGGCAGAUGUGGUACGCACACACGUUGGGAUACAAUGUUGUUAGUGCUUUCAAUAGCAGAAAUUGUAGUCUAGAGUUGAAAGCCGGUACUAUUGAAAUUUCAGACAAGACAGUGAGGAGUGUGCUAGGCUUACCAAUGGGAAGUGAGAUUAUUGAACCAGGGGAUAACGAAGAAAGGGUGAGUCUGUGGGGGGAACAAUUUGAAGGCUGUUUAGUUUGUAAAGUUUCCCCUAUGACGUUGAGCAAUAGAAUACAAGGAAAUCGUGAAGCGAACACAGAAUUCAAACUAAACUUCCUCGUUCUGCUGUACAACUUCUUUAUUGAUGGUAACCAGAAUAUGUAUUUAAAUCGUGAUGUCCUCCGAUACUCAAUGGAUAUAGACCACUGCGGGAAGUACAACUGGUGCAGGUUGCUUAUCGAAAAGCUUAGGGUGUCACAUGAUUACUGGUCAGCGGUGAAAUCGCGCUACUUUACAGGAUCUUUGACAUUCCUAAUUUAUUUAUAUGUCAGCACAUUGAGGGUCAAGGGAACCAUACAUAUUCCACCAAUGUAUCCAGCAUUUAGAGGAUGGUCAGAUAGGUUUUUACGUGAGAGGCAGAAAUUUGAAGCAAGCAAUGAUUGCUUUGGAGACGGUGAUUUAGUAACUCUGAAGGAUAAGGCAGAGGGAAUUACAAGCUCCACGGAAAUAGGGCUACAAGUCAAAGAUUCUGAGAGAGCUAGUGGUGAAGAUAAACAAGAAACUAUGGCAGCUGAGAAUGAAAACUUGGAUGCGAUGGACGACAGUGGUAGUAAGGGGAACCGUGAUGGAGACAAUAUCAGUGAUGAAGAGCUAGUGGUCGAGGAUUCGUUUACACUCCAUGAUGAAUGUAUAAAUGAUGGGUGGGAAGACGAGGAUGGCGACUUAAGGAAUUACUUUGCACAGCCUAGUGAACCUGCUGGUUGCAAUGCUACAAAAAAAGACGGUACAAGCAAAGCUGCAGAUGAAGAUAAAGUUAAAAGAAGUAAUGAAGCGAGAAAGGAAAGCAAGUACCUGGGAGGAACAUCUGAGUUAUUGACUAUGACAGAUUACAUGGCAAGAUUCCUUGAGCGGAUUAUAGAAGUGGUAUCAUGUGUGAAGAACAACGCGGACGUAAAUACUGAGGACAUCAUCAGCAAGGCAGUGCAAAUGAAAUCAACUGGAACUGUCGCCAAAAAGGGGGACUCUACAAAAUUGAAUGAAGAACAAGGGAAAGUUUUGGAAACUCCAGAAAUUGAUGUGACCAAAAAGAAGGAAAGAUUUCCGGGGGCAGACGACGUCAUUGAUACACAUUUCGAUGAGCAGAUGUAUCUAGAAGAAUUUGCUGAGAAACUGACACAACUGAGAGACCUAUUUGGGAUAUGCUUGGACAGAUACGAAGUAUCCCAUGCUUUGUACCCUGAUAAUCCUUUGAUGCAGGAAUUGAGGACCAACUUUGUAUAUUUUUUCAAGUUAUUCGGUGAUACUAGUCCGCUUUCAAAGAGAUUGUUUACACGUGUAGAAGCUGAUAAAGAUACCACCAAAACCGCGCAUUGCAAUGAUUCAACAGUAGUGCCGAGCUUCUCACUUGGCAUUUCACAAGUCACACCAAAGAAACUGGACAGUGUUCUGGAGAGCAUCGUGGUAGCUCAAGAGUGUGACAACCAGAAAAGUAGUAUUACUGAUAUCGUUCGGCCAAGACGAGAGACUAAGAUUUCUCAGAUUUGUAGGUCACCUUUUGUCAGCAGAGUGGUUGAUGUCAGUAGUCAUGCUAUCAGCGCGGAGGAAAAGAGAAUUUGGGAAUGGUUGUUCUCAAACAAAAGAAACAAAAAGGAACACUUAUUUGAGUGGAAUACAAGAAUGUGCACGAAGGCACACUUUCAGUCAUUGGAUUACAACAAGAUGGUAGAGGGCACUGUUAUUGAUGCUUGGACGUGCAUACUAAAUGAAAAUGAGAUCCUAAGAUCUGAUUCAUCUCCCAUGCGGCUGUUCUUGAACACGGAGACCACGUACGGCCCAAUGAAUAUGUUGGUGAACAAGGAUGAUGUUCAUGACAUAAUUAAGCGUAAAUGUGUAUUCGAUGACAAUAUGCAAAUCGUACUAGAAAUGGUCAACGGGAUCCAUCAGAAAAUUUAUAAUGUACAAGAAUUUGAUAUGUUUGUAUUCCCAAUAUAUAAUGCGACACACCAUUAUAUAAUUUGCUAUAACAUGAAGAAACCUAGCUGGGAAAUUAUUGACAAUAGAGUGCAGACAUCACAUUUUGGAGAAAUGUUUGGAGAUCUCCCGUUUCUUUUGCACGAUCUUUUCUGUGAUUGGAUUUCGCAAUACAAUCUACCUAAGGGUGACGAGAUCAAAAACAUGCUCCCAAAUGUCGUGAAAUUUGGAUGGCAGACAACUGACAACUGGAUGGAUUGUGGCGUAUAUGUGAUGCGUCACUUGGAGACGUACAUGGGAUCCUUGUAUACAUGGAAAGCUGGACUACGAGCAGAAGAUGGGAAAACUAGGGAUUUGCUCAAGAAGUUGAGAAUGAUCUACUGCCAUAAGAUUCUAACUUGGAAUGGAAACAAGCGGAGGGCGAUGGUAAUGCGCAGUGUAGCAACCUUUACAAAGGCCAAAAAGUCUGCAAUGUGACUAUGGAUAUAACUAGGUUAUAAGUUUUUAUCGGACGCAGGGUACUGAAUAUAUCUUUUAUUGGAUUUCUGUACACACUCGUUGACUUAUGUUCAGAUUUCGAACCUUAUGAAAUUCUAAUAUAUUGGAACUAGACUUCUGUCCAGAUGCAUUAUUUAUGUUAUAUUGCAUUGUUGC